UUGCUGACAGGGCAAACCACUGAGUGAAUUUCAGCCAAUUCAUCAGGAACCAGAUGAACCAGAAAUCUGAACAAAGUAUGGCCAGCGUUAAAACACACACACAGCACAAAGUAAAACACACACAGCACACAGUUAACCCUUUGAUCGCCCCACAUGUUAACCCCUUCCUGCCCAGUGCCAUUAGUAGUGUCAUUGUUUUUUAUUAGCACUGAUCACUGUAUUGGUGUCACUGGGGAUGUCAGUGACACCAAGCCAGUUCCCCCCAGUGUCAGAAUGCCCGCCGCAGUCCCGCUAUAAGUUGCUGA